GAGCCUCCUGGAACUGGCUUCCUGCUGAAGGAGACAGGACUGCCAGAGCCCUCAGGCUAGAGCAUGCGUGGAGGGGAGCUGGCCUCCGGGCACUUGAGCCUGAGGCCCAGGAGUGUGGGGAAGCAGGCCUGCCCCGACGGGUGCCCACAGGCUGCAUGGGCCCCCUUGCCCCGUGGUGCCUUCCACCACUUAUCUGUGUUUCCCUUCGCCCCCCAGCGCUGGAGGUCAGGGGCAGAAUCCUCGGGCCCCCAUCAGCUUGUGCACUCAUUGGGCCAGAGAAGCUGUCCUGCCCAGGUGGGGAGCCCCGGUUUCUCUGGGGACCGGGCCAGGCUGUGUCCCAGGGCAACCGAGGAGGUGCUGGGGAGAGGGGGGGUCCCAGGUGGCCCUGGUCUGAACCUGGGCUUCGCUUGGGCAGACCGAAGGAGGGUGGCGGCAUCUCGGGGCUGGUGACAGCCAGGGACAGAUGGCCAGGCUGGACAGGUCGGGGGCCAGGGAUCAGAGCCCCAGGGCCAGCGGCCUCUGCCCUGCUGUGCCCCGCCACGUUUCCCUUGCUUUGCCUUGAUGUGCCUGGAGUCAAGCUAGACCGCGCCGCCACGUUUCCCUUGCCUUGCCUUGAUGUGCCUGGAGUCAAGCUAGACCGGGCCCUGCGCCUCACCCCGGCUUUCAGGCUUGACCUUUCCCAGCGACGCCGUUCCCAACCCCUCAGCGGGUCCCCGGACGCAUGGCCCACCCGUCCAAAAAUGCCACGCCUUCGGGCAUCCAGCCCCGGCUCAGAUGGGUCUGGCCCAGGACAGGUGCGGUGGGUUCUGCCUGCCGGCGUGAAGUCACAGAUUAAAAGCAAGAAGAAAUCACUGUACUUCAGGAAAGAGAAGGGUCGGGAUCUGGUGCUCCACUUCUGA